AGUCACUUCGGUUUUGCCCAGCGCUUCAGCUGGGCAGUUUCGGGAGUGGGAAACUGAGCUGACCCCCCUUCUGCCGUUACGAGCGGCGGCUCUCGGCUCAAGCGGCGGAGUAACCGUCUGCCGUCCUCCAUCUAGGAAUUCCCCAUGGGUCUCAGAGCCAAGUGAUUCCCCUUGGAGGCCAGAGAGAAGGUGAACUUCCCCAGAAGACAUGGAAGUGAAGGGGCAGCUGAUAAACUCAUCCAGCUACAGCUCUUCAGAAGCCUUGCAGCGAGAGCUCUGUCCUCGGAUUCGGCUGGAGCGGGUGCAAGAACUGCUGGAAAAGCAGAAGUCUCUCCAGCAGGUGCUCAGCCUGCGCCUGAAGGAGCUGCGGCGGGUUUGCCUCCUGGAAGCGGAAUUGACUGGAAAAUUACCCCCAGAAUAUCCUCUGGAACCCGGAGAACGGCUGUGGCCAGUGCGGAGGAGAACAAUAGUGGCAUCCCGAAUUGCCCCUGCCUUGAAGAAUGAGGAAAACCCUUCGCUGGAGGAGCUGAGCCAGGAUCUGGCCUUGCAGCAGCAAGUGGCUGAGGCUGCCCGACGGCUAGCGGUUGCCCCCGACUUAACAGUUGAUCAGCGCCGGCGGCGGCGGCAAGUCCAGGCAGAUGCUGCCCAGCGCCUGCGGGAGCUGGAGGUGCAGGUAGCAGAAUGCCGGGUGCGACUGAGCAAAGGGCCCCUCCAGAGGGCCGCCCCUGAAGAGGCAUUUCACUCGGAGAGCAGCUCCCUCUCUGAAUCAGCCAGCCAUGAAAAUGAUGACCCUCGCAGCUUCCAUCCCUCCAAAGUCUCCAACCACCAGGCAGCUUUCUCAGACAGAUCAUCGCCUCCCAAGGCCCGAGAUCACCUACGUGCCAUCUCUAGUAGUCCUGACCGCCGGCCAGGCUGGAGAAUUUUGCAGCCGGAUCUGUACAGCGAGGGCAAGGACCGCAGGAAUUCUGUUGCCAGCCCUACCAGCCCCAACCGCACUCUCCCCAGGAGUAUGUCCAGCUUCGAGGGCCGGAGCGUCCCAGCUACUCCAGUAUUAGCAAGAAACGCAUGCAGCGGGACUCACCAAUUAAGGUCAGAGGCCCCAUCUCUCCACUCCCGCCAGUGGUCAGGCAGCCACGAUUCCCAGCUUGGGCCCCCUAGCCGGGACACCAGUGCUGACAGAGCUUCCCUCUUUGCUGCUCGGACCCGUCGAAGUAACAGCUCGGAGGCCUUGAUUGAACGAGCCCCUUCAGAAGAGCCCCUCCUACCCACUGCCCCUCCGUUUAAGAGUGCCGAGGCCCUGACCCCUUGCAUCUCUGGCCGGACCCCUCGCCCACCGUACAACGAUCUCCUGUUGGACUAUUACCUAGAACGCCGGAGCUGUGGGGGUGGUGAGCAUUUGUCUCGCAGAGACGGGCCUCCCCAGCUAGAGUGGGGAGCCUUUUCCGAAAGCCCGCUUCAGCGCCGAGCCCGACCCGCGGCCCGCACUAAAUCCUGCGGGCCGCUGCUGCCCCCACAGUCCCGCGAGGUUGGUUAUGGACCCGCCUUGCCUCCUCAUCGCAACUUCCACAAAGCGCUUGCUCUGGAGGGGCUCCGGGACUGGUACUUACGCAACGCCGGAGUUACCCAGCGGGGGGCGCCAGAGAGACGAGGACCAUCUCAGUCUGUACAUCAGCACCUGCGUGGCUACUGUGAUCCGGGACCCUCCAACCCCGACGUGGGAUAUUACGGGGGGCCAGGAGGUGGACUGCCUCACUCCGUGAGCUACGCAGGGCAGCCACUCUAUGGCAGACCUUUCGUGGACCUGAUUUAUCUGGAAGAUUCUUCUGGCCCUUACAACUUGGAUUCCACAGAGCACCCAACCCCAGGGACGUUGGUUUGAUCCCCCUCUUCUCCCAUUUUUUUCCCUAAGGGGAUUUCUAUCCGGAGUGCUGACUCCUUUUGUUUAUCUUCCCCCCCCCCCCGCUGGUGCCUCUCCUUUUGGGUGUGAGGUACCAUUGUGGAGAUGGGGGCUCCCUGCUGGCAGGGUAGGUCUCCACUUGUGUGAGGGUGGGUUGUUGCAUGUCACACUGGACACAGGAUGGGGGGGGAGGGAGGAGCGUGUCCAUAGUUCUUCCUACAAUUGUUAACCCUCCCCCAUUUCAGACUCUGAGGGGGGGUGGGCGUGGGGGGGGGGGAAAUCUGUGUUUACUGUACUACUUCUCCAUAAAAGGGUUUUUCCCGCUGUGGGUGGCGCCCUCUUGUGUUCACUGGAGAACAGUGCACCGUUACUGCCAUGGUGCUCCGUGUCGGGGUCUUAGCGUUGAUAAACCCUGGAAUGUAUAAAUGGAGAGGUUUGUGCAAUGUGUGUUUCUUGUGAAAUGUUAUAUAGCACACAGACCUGUCAUCUUGCUAAUGAACAUCAGUCCUGUAAAAAGUAGAAAGAAGAAGAAAAAAAAAGAGAUCUAUACCACUCCUGUUGCCCUCACUGUGAAAAAACCUAGUUUACUCUUCGAUGUAUUGUCCCUUCCUACUCGUAUCCUGCUCUUGCAAGAGCCCUGAGCGAGGACAAAAUGCGUAGAGGUUUGGGAGACAUCUGCAGGAUCCACUGGAUGACCCUAUUUCAUGGCCCUGACCUUUUUCUUCUAGCAGGGGAAAUCCACCGUAGCGCUGGAUAGAGGAAUGCAGUGAUUAGCUCCACCCAUUCAGUUCAGUUAUUACCUCUCCCAGGGGGAGGGAGCAGGAGAGCCCAGCUGAAGGCGCAAUGCAGUCUGAUCCAUUGGGUGGGCUAUGGGAAAGGCCAGCCGCUUCCGUGCAUGUAUCAAAGCCCAAUUCUCACUGGGAGUGGGUUGCCCCCAACUGUAACAGGAAAUGCAACCCUUAAUUUUUCUAAAAAUAUGGCUACUUUUCUGCCUUCUAAGCUGGACCGGUUAUUUUCUCCUGUAUCCUUCACCUGACGUGCUUCCUGCCUUCUCCCCCAAUUUUUCAAAACUGGAAGGAAACAUCUUGCCUUUUCUCCUUUCGCUGUAAUAAUAACCAUGAUCAUCCUCAUAAUAAUUGUAAGAUGUGUGAUGGUUUUCCCCUCUCUCAACAAUUGCACAUAAAAGGGAAAGUCACUUUGUUUAAACUCUGUGCCAAUGGAAUCCAGGUCAUUCUGGAGCAGAGGGAAGGAGGGAGGUUGAGAGAAUCCAAGAGAGGCUCCGGUCUUCUCCCCCUCCCCUCCCCGGCUGAAGGAACAAGGGCCAUGCGGGAGUCACUGUGUCUUGUGUGUCCUUUUAAUAUACACUAAUGUAUAGAUUAUAUAUGGGGAUCUAAAUGUAAAACUGAGCACUGUGCAUAAGGGAGAGAAGGUUUCUAUAAUAAAGAUUGUAAACGAG